CAUCAUAUGCUUCUCUUCUCUUUUGGUUAUAACUAAGAUUCCAACUCAUCAAGAAUUAGUAUAUAAAAAUCCAAAAACUCUGAUGACGGGGUCAGCGGACCUCUUGAACCUUUUGGUUCCGCUUUGCGCCUUUAGAAUACGGAUAGGCAUAUCCCCUUGAUCCUUUAAAGAAAACAACCACACAAAAAUUCUUAAAUUGCAAACCAAAAAGUUUCAACCUCUCUCCCUCUUUCUCUCUCUAAAACUUCAAAACCAAGAGAGAGAAGCAAUGGCAGUGUGCACAGUGUACACAGUCCAACCUCUCAACACAUCAUGCUCAAUCUCAACACCCACAAAAACCCACCUGGGAUUCAACCAAAAACAAGUUUUCUUCUUCAACAACUACAGUAGCAAAAACACCAACAACAGCAGGUUUAGAGGCAACAAAAUCACAUGCUCAGCUGGUGACACAAUAGUAAUUGGACUUGCAGCAGAUUCUGGGUGUGGAAAAAGCACCUUCAUGAGAAGGUUAACCAGUGUGUUUGGUGGUGCAGCUUCACCACCAAAGGGUGGUAACCCUGACUCAAACACACUCAUAAGUGACACAACCACUGUUAUAUGUUUAGAUGAUUAUCAUUCAUUGGAUAGAACUGGAAGGAAAGAAAAGGGUGUGACUGCACUUGACCCAAGAGCCAAUGACUUUGAUCUUAUGUAUCAACAAGUUAAGGCUCUUAAAGAUGGUGUGGCUGUUGAGAAGCCUAUUUAUAACCAUGUUUCUGGGCUUUUGGACCCUCCUGAGCUCAUUAAACCUCCCAAGAUUCUUGUUAUUGAAGGUUUGCAUCCAAUGUAUGAUCAGAGAGUAAGAGAUCUCCUGGACUUCAGUAUUUACUUGGACAUCAGUAAUGAGGUUAAAUUUGCAUGGAAAAUUCAGAGAGAUAUGGCAGAGAGAGGACACAGUCUUGAAAGCAUUAAAGCUAGCAUUGAAGCCAGAAAACCAGAUUUUGAUGCUUAUAUUGAUCCACAAAAGCAAUAUGCAGAUGCAGUUAUUGAAGUGUUGCCUACUCGUCUCAUCCCCGAUGAUAACGAGGGAAAAGUGUUGAGAGUGAAGCUAAUCAUGAAAGAAGGAGUUAAAUACUUCAACCCAGUGUACUUAUUCGAUGAAGGUUCGACCGUUUCAUGGAUCCCAUGUGGAAGAAAGCUCACUUGCUCCUAUCCUGGCAUCAAAUUUGCCUAUGGUCCAGACACUUAUUUCGGCCAUGAGGUUUCCGUGUUGGAGAUGGAUGGACAGUUUGACAGAUUAGAUGAACUCAUCUAUGUUGAAAGCCAUUUGAGCAACAUUUCAACUAAAUUUUACGGUGAAAUCACCCAACAAAUGUUGAAACAUGCUGACUUCCCUGGUAGCAACAACGGCACUGGUUUGUUUCAAACCAUCGUCGGGUUGAAGAUCCGAGAUUUAUUUGAACAAAUUGCAGCCAGUAAGGCCUCGGCUCCACUUGAAGCUACAAAAGCUUGAUCAUAAAUAAAGAGUUAAUUAUGAGUGUUGUAAUCCCAUAUGCAUGUAUUCAAUUCCAUUUGUGUAUUCCAUGGAGAUAUAUGUAAUAUAAUAUAUAUCAGUUCAUAAAUGAAAUCCUACAUAGGAUCAUCAAAAGUUCGUUCCA